GUAGCGCGUCAGUCCCUGAAUACAAGGCUGGACUGGAGCAACAGGACUGUUGUGUCCAUGUUGGUUCGUUUGUCACGCAUGUUGGUCGGUAUUCUAGAUGCCUUUUCCUCCUUCUACGCAGAUUAAACUCGUUCUUUCAUCGUUCGUGUUAGGAUAAACUCGUCUCUCCUUCAAGCUAGCUUAGCAUGCUAGCUGCUAACAAAGAGACGCGGAAGUGAUCAACAUCGCUGACCAGAGACCGAGUGUGAGUGUAAAGUGGGAUGGUGUGAAAAUGUGUCAAGUCCAAAUGCUGAGAGCGUUGGUGAAUCAGCGACUAACUGCGGCUGUUGAAGAAAUAUUUGUAGUGUUGGAAAGAACCAUAGUAGAGUACGAGGAGGAACUUUCUCGAACAAAAGAGGAGAACGAGCGACAACGUCAACUACUGGACGCCGUUUUCAGGAAGCACCGAGCAGAUGGCAGUGAAGAAGAUCUCCCUCCUGGGCAGCAGCAGUGGUACUCCAGGGUGGAACAGGAGGAGCCACAGCCCCCCCACAUUAAAGAGGAAGAUGAGGAGCCCCGGCCCUCCCACCUUAAAGAGGAAAAUAUGGAGCGCCGGCCCCCCCACCUUAAAGAGGAGGAGGAGGAGCACAGCAUCAGCCAGGAGGGAGAGCAUCCGGAAGGACCGGAGGAGUUCCCAGUGAUCGGUGUCAUUGUGAAGAGUGAAGAUGAUGAAGACGACGGUGAAGGUGAGGAGAAGAGAGAGGCGGAGCCUCCAACAGAAGCUGAUGGAGACCACUGUGGAGGAUCACCAGCAGACAAGCUCUUAGCUCCACUAUCAGAUAGUGAGCACACGACGUCACACUCUCCUGACACUGAUGAUGAUGAUGAUGAAGACUCUACAGCUGAUAUGACAUGUCACCCUGACAACACACGCUUGAAAUGCCACCACUGUGACAAGAGCUUUGGCCACAAAAAGAACCUGAAAAGACACCUGAGAUGUCACACAGGAGUGGGAGUGUACGUCUGCUCAGUGUGCGGUAAAACGUUCACUCAUAAGCGAAAUUUGACGACACACACACGAACGCACACCGGAGAGAAACCAUACUCCUGUUCCGUGUGCAACACACAUUUUAGUCAUGAUUCAGCACUGACUCGACACAUGCGAAGACACACUGGUGAGAAACCUUUCGGCUGCUCAGUGUGUGGUCAAAGAUUCUCCCAAAGUGCACAUUUGACCAGACACAGGAGAAUACACAGCGGGGAGAAACCUUUUAGCUGUUCAGUGUGCGGUCAGAGGUUUGCUGAAAAUGCAUAUUUAGUGAGACACACAAGAACGCAUACCGGGGAGAAACCUUUUAUGUGCUCAGUGUGUGGGCAGAGAUUCACUGAAAACGCAGGAUUGAUAAAACACACGAGAAUUCAUACUGGAGAGAAACCAUUUACCUGCUCAGUCUGCACGACGGGUUUUCGAUAUCGCUUUCAGUUGGUUCGUCACAUGAGGACCCACACUGAUUAGAAGGCACGGAGCUGCUCCCACUCAAAGGGGAUGUUGGACAAAACACCACCAGUGAAAUCAAAAGGAGAAGAAUCCACGAUGCCCGUUGCAAUGCGGUGAUGCUAUGAUGUGCUGUGAUGGAUCCACCCGUCUUCUGGUCAUUUUCAUUUUCCUCAAGGGAUUCAUAAACUACAUCUGUGUCCGUAUUGAUUGCAAUGAAUAACCUUCACCUUUAAAAACGCAUUUUACUCCCUGAAUAGCAAUAUUCACACUUAUUUGUAUUAAUAAUACACAGAAACUAGAAACUAGAUAAAGUACAUUGAAAGAAAUACUGAGAUGUAUGUUUGUGUCUUGCAUGUAAUAACAUAAUAGUACUGUUGAU